AUACUCUCAAGCUCAACCCUUUUUUUUUUUAAAGUCACUGGAGUCAGUAGUAGCCAGUGAAGGAGUUUCUUGAUUCAAUCAAUCUUAAAGCUUCUCAAGCAUAUGUACAACAGUUAAAAGAGUACAGCACGGCAGAAGACAUAAAUCCCUUCAGUCAGUGCAGCAGUACCCUCCUCCUCUUUACAGUUAAAUAACGACCUUUUCCCUCCCCAUUCUACCCUUCUGCUCCUCCCUAUAACAAUACUGCUGCUGCUGCUACUACUCAACUCUCAAGCUCAACAACCACUCUUAGAUCUGCAAACCCAAAAACAAGAAAUCCCUCUAGCUAGCUCAAAGUUUCUUGCAGUAUAUUCUCUGAAAAUUUAAGAAGAAAAAUGAUCAGUUGGCACGACCUUUAUGUGGUCUUAUCAGCCGUGAUCCCUCUUUAUGUGGCCAUGAUUCUGGCCUAUGGCUCUGUCCGCUGGUGGAAAAUCUUUACGCCGGACCAAUGCUCCGGUAUCAACCGAUUUGUGGCGGUUUUCGCGGUCCCUUUACUCUCCUUCCACUUCAUCUCCACCAACAACCCUUAUGAAAUGAACCUUAAGUUCAUCGCGGCCGAUACACUCCAGAAAGUCAUCAUGCUAGUGGUGCUUGCUCUCUGGGCUAACUUCACCAAAAAUGGCAGCCUAGAGUGGAGCAUCACAAUCUUUUCCCUAUCCACGCUUCCAAACACACUCGUCAUGGGCAUUCCACUGCUAAUUGCCAUGUACAACCCGUAUGCUGGGAGCCUAAUGGUACAAAUUGUUGUCUUGCAAUGCAUCAUUUGGUACACCCUGUUGCUAUUUUUGUUCGAAUAUCGGGGCGCCAAGAUGCUUAUCAUGGAACAAUUCCCGGAAACUGCCGCCUCAAUCGUAUCCUUCAAGGUUGAGUCCGACGUUGUUUCCCUCGACGGACAAGAUUUUCUCGAAACAGACGCUGAAAUUGGUGACGAUGGGAAACUCCAUGUGACCGUAAGGAAAUCAAAUGCUUCCCGAAGAUCCCUAGGACAUUGUUCCCUCCCUGCAUUGACUCCUAGGCCAUCCAAUCUCACUGGAGCUGAAAUUUACAGCUUGAGCUCCUCAAGAAAUCCUACGCCAAGAGGGUCAAAUUUCAAUCAUUCAGAUUUUUACUCCAUGAUGGGAUUCGGAGGCAGAUUAUCCAAUUUUGGGAAUUCUGACACUGGGAGGCUGUCAAAUUUUGGUCCAGCGGACAUGUACUCUGUUCAUUCCUCCAGAGGGCCUACUCCUAGGCCGUCCAAUUUCGAAGAAAAUUGUGCCCCGGGAGGUCUAAUGAGCUCCCCUAGAUUCGGAUUUUAUCCGGGACAACCCGUCAAUCCGUCAUCCUAUCCUGCUCCAAAUCCGGAAAUUGCCUCAGCCGCUCCCAAACAGGGCAAAACUAGUGCUACUAAUAAUAAUAAUCAGCAGCAGCAGCCCCAGCAGCAGCAGACGAGCGGGAAUAAACCCAACCAUGACGCUAAGGAGCUUCACAUGUUCGUAUGGAGCUCUAGUGCCUCCCCGGUGUCGGAAGUUGGUGGGCUCCACGUGUUCGGUGGUCCCGAUUUCGGGGCCAACGAGCAACAAUCUGGACGGUCCGAUCAUGGUGCCAAGGAAAUCAGGAUGUUGGUUGCUGAUCACCCCCAAAAUGGGGAAAACAAAGCCGCUCCACAAGUCGGGGAUUUCGGCGGGGCGGAUUUCACCUUCGGCGGUGGUGGAAGGGAUGGAGAUGAGGAAAAGGAGAAAGAGGGUCCCACAGGGCUGUCCAAACUGGGGUCCAGCUCCACCGCUGAGCUUCAUCCGAAGGCAGCCGGAGGCCAAGAUGCCGGUGCCGGAAAACAGCUGCCUCCGGCCAGUGUUAUGACUAGGCUCAUCUUAAUCAUGGUUUGGAGGAAGCUUAUCCGAAAUCCCAACACCUACUCCAGCCUUAUCGGUGUCAUCUGGGCCUUAAUUGCGUUCCGGUGGAAUGUGCAUAUGCCGGCGAUUGUAAAGAAUUCUAUUUCUAUUUUAUCCGAUGCUGGGCUUGGAAUGGCAAUGUUUAGCUUAGGUCUGUUUAUGGCUCUUCAGCCAAAGAUUAUUGCAUGUGGAAACUCGGUGGCCACCUUUGCUAUGGCUGUCAGGUUUCUCACUGGUCCAGCAGUUAUGGCAGCUGCCUCCAUUGCCAUUGGCCUUCGUGGUACCCUUCUCCAUGUAGCCAUUGUUCAGGCUGCACUUCCACAAGGGAUUGUUCCAUUUGUGUUUGCCAAAGAAUAUAACAUCCAUCCAGCUAUUCUUAGCACAGGGGUCAUUUUUGGGAUGUUGAUUGCAUUACCAAUUACAUUGGUCUACUACAUUCUUCUUGGAUUAUGAGAUCUUCACGGAGCAAGCAAAGAUAGAAUGAACAUGAAAGAAGAAAUUUUCCAUUCCAUUGACUGUUAAAUGUUUCUAAAGUUUGGAUGGGGUGCUUGCUUACUUGUUGAGAGCAGGAGGCUGAUGAAGGCAUAAUUACUCUUUGACUCUGUUGAUUUAAGUCAGAAAGUGUCGAGGAAUCUAAAGAAAAUGACUGCAUCCAAAGUAGAAGGAGGGAGCAAAAAAAAAAAAAAAAAAAAAUAUUUUGGCUUAGUAAUUUUAAGUUGAAUCCCUGAUGUAAGGAUCAUGCUCCCAUCUAAAGCAGGCAUGUUAUGUAAAAUUCUUCAAAUUUGGAGGAAAGCUAGUCUGGUAGAAAGGGAACAGGAGGCAGUAAAUCAAGGAGGGAGGGAAUGAUAGAGAGAUGAGUUGUAAACUGAGAAUUUCUCAUCAGUAAUCAUUGCGCGUGUAAAGAAUGCAAUUUGGAAAAAUCAUUUCUUUGCAACUCGAGUCAAGGCUCUCUUGAAUUGGAGCGCAGAGGAAUAGUUAGUUAUAGGAUCUCUUACCUUUUUUUUUUUCUUUUGGUAUCAUCUUUUCUAUGUCUAGUCCUUUUGCUGGCUCUUGGCUUCAAUUCUUUUCCUCAGCUUUUGAUCAGUUAAUUUUGGGUCGGGUUGUAUUGUAAUUUUAUUAAACUGUUCAAUGUUGUCGUGUAAUUAAUUAAUUACAUCAGAGUUUAGA